CCUGUUGGAGCUGUAAGUGAACAGGAAGUGACGUAGCUGUACCGCAGAUAAACACGACAAUAGAGAGAAGCAAACAAACUGAGAUUAAGAUAAAUAAAAGGAAACAGGGCGAGCUGCAGAUAAACAGUGAACUGUAGCUUUUCCCUCUGACGGCGGUAAAAUCUCACGCGCAGGAGAGAAGCAGCUUCCCGCCGACAUGCCUGAAACUGAGAGCUACUCCAACCCUUUGGCCCCUGAGGGCCACGAAGUGGACGACCACAGAGCUGCAGCUCAGUCCAAACUAACCAACGAUGACUUCAGGAAGCUGCUUAUGACACCACGGGCGACGCCAUCCAUGGCCCCACCCACCAAGUCCAGACACCAUGAAAUGCCAAGGGACUACAAUGAGGAUGAGGAUCCUGCAGCGAGGAGGAGGAAGAAGAAGAGCUACUACGCAAAGCUCCGUCAGCAGGAGAUGGAGAGAGAGCGGGAGCUGGCAGAGAAGUACCGGGACCGAGCCCGGGAGAGACGGGACGGUGUCAACAAGGACUACGAGGAGACGGAGCUCAUCAGCACCACUGCAAACUACCGGGCUGUCGGACCCACCGCCGAGGCAGAUAAGUCGGCGGCAGAGAAACGGCGGCAGCUCAUCCAGGAGUCCAAGUUUCUGGGAGGUGACAUGGAGCACACUCACUUGGUGAAAGGUCUGGACUUCGCUCUGCUGCAGAAGGUGAGAGCUGAGAUCACCAGCAAGGAGAAGGAAGAAGAAGACAUGAUGGAGAAGGUCCAGAAAGAGGCCAAGAAAGACGUGGAGCCGGAGGAGAAGAUGGAGUUCAAAACCCGGCUCGGUAGGAACAUCUACCGCGUGGUGUUCAGGUCUGGUGUUGCAGAGAGGAACGAGCUCUUCCUUCCUGGUAGGAUGGCCUACGUGGUGGACCUGGACGACGAGUUCAUCGACACCGACAUCCCCACCACCCUGAUCCGGAGCAAGGCCGACUGUCCCAGUAUGGAGGCCCAGACGACGUUGACUACGAACGACAUCGUGAUCUCCAAGCUGACCCAGAUCCUGUCCUACCUGAGACAAGGGACACGCCACAAGAAGUUGAAGAAGAAGGACAAAGGUAAACUGGAUGAUAAACGAGCUCCUGAAGCAGAUCUGAGCAUCUUUGACGACAUCGGUGACUACAUCCCGUCCACCACCUCGUCCUCCAAACCACCCAAAGACAAAGAGCGGCACCGGGACCGGGACAGAGACCGGGACCGGGACCGGGAGGAUGAUGUCAAGAGCAGGAGACACAGCUACUUCGAGAAGCCACGAGGAGACGAGCACCCGGUGAUGGAGGUGGACACAGGUCCAGGAUCAGUCAGAGAGCAGAUCAAGAUGAUCAAUGAGAAGUUUGCAGGAGCAGCAGGCAGCGAAUGGCCGGGCCAGGAGCCUCAGAGGAGAGACUCUGGGAAGGAGCAGCUGGGAGACUUUUUUGGAGGAUCCAACUCCUACGCAGAGUGUUACCCUGCAACGAUGGACGACCUGGCCGUGGACAGUGAUGAGGAGGUGGACUACAGCAAGAUGGACCAGGGGAACAAAAAGGGUCCGUUGGGCCGCUGGGACUUUGACACCCAGGAGGAGUACUCUGAUUACAUGAACAACAAGGAGGCGCUGCCCAAGGCUGCCUUCCAAUAUGGCAUCAAGAUGUCCGAAGGAAGGAAGACGCGGCGCUUCAAGGAGACCAACGAGAAGGCCGAGCUGGACCGGCAGUGGAAGAAGAUCAGCGCAAUCAUCGAGAAGAGGAAGAAGAUGGAGGCUGAUGGGGUGGACGUGAAGAGACCGAAGUACUGAAGACGGAUCAGCUGUUGUCUGAUGGUCGUGUGAUGUGACAGUUUGUAAACAUAAACAGGUUGUUUUUAUUUAGAUUAUAAUCUGGUUUUAUUAACCAGGUGUUGUUUGAAUCAUCCGUCAUUAAAAGCCGUCAGAUGUUCA